AUGAGCCAAAUCCUGACCCCUCGGCAGGCUGAGGAGCUGCACAAGGCCAUCAUUGCAUACCUCUCGUCGAACAACCUCCCUAAUGCUGCCAAUGCUCUCAGGGAAGAGCUGCAGAUCGGCGACUCCUUCGACGAUGCCACCUCCAAGAAGUAUGAGGGCCUGCUGGAGAAGAAAUGGACCAGUGUGGUGCGCCUGCAAAAGAAGAUAAUGGAACUCGAGUCUCGGACCGCUACGCUACAGUCAGAAAUCGACAACGCGACGCCGACCUCGCUUUCCCGGAGAAACCAAGACCCCGCCAGCUGGCUGCCCCGUUCCCCCGCUCGACACACCCUCCAAUCCCACCGCGACCCGAUUACCUGCGUAGCGUUCCACCCCGUAUUCUCGUCUCUUGCCUCGGGCUCGGAGGACUACACCAUCAAAAUCUGGGACUGGGAACUGGGCGAGCUGGAAAGGACCAUCAAGGGACACACCAAGGCGGUACUGGACGUCGACUUUGGAGGCCCGCGGGGCGCUACCCUACUCGCAUCGUGCUCGAGCGACUUGACGAUCAAGCUGUGGGAUCCCUCAGACGAGUACAAAAACAUCCGAACCCUGCCCGGCCACGACCAUAGCGUUAGCGCGGUCCGGUUCAUUCCCUCGGGGGCGGCCGGCGCUACGGGCAACCUUUUGGUUUCCGCGAGUCGCGACAAGACAUUGCGCAUCUGGGAUGUAUCCACGGGAUACUGUGUUAAGACGCUGCGAGGACACGUAGACUGGGUACGCGACGUCUGCCCGUCGCCGGACGGCCGCUUCCUUCUGUCGGCCGGAAACGACCAGACGGGCCGACUUUGGGACAUCAGCGCCGCCAACCCCGAAGUGAAGCUGAUGCUGGUUGGCCACGAGCACGUUGUCGAAUGCUGCACGCUCGCGCCGCCCGCCUCCUACAGCCAUCUGGCGACGCUGGCCGGCCUGAAGAAGCCACCGCCAGCAACAAACACUGCUGAGUUCAUGGCGACAGGGAGCCGUGACAAGGCCAUCAGGUUAUGGGACGCUCGAGGAAACUGCAUCAAGACUCUCACUGGCCACGACAACUGGGUGCGAGCUCUGGUCUUCCACCCCGGCGGCAAGUAUCUGCUCAGCGUGUCCGACGACAAGACAUUACGAUGCUGGGACCUAGCCCAGGAAGGCAAAUGCGUCAAGGUGCUCGACGACGUACACGGCCACUUCGUCUCGUGCUUGCGCUGGGCACCUGGUAUCGUACGCGAGGCGGCAACAAACGGAGACGGCGUCAACGGCGCCAACGGAACACCGACCAAGGCAGCAGCGAAGCCCCAGGAUGUGCAGAUUCGCUGCGUCAUUGCAACAGGAAGUGUGGACCUAAACGUGCGCAUCUUUGCCAACUAG